AGUGAUGACAGCUGUUGAAGGCCACGACACUUCUAAUUAACUUUUUAUUUUGUUUUCAGUUCCAAGAUUUAUUUUAUAUUUUCAUGAAUUUUCUUAAUUCAAUUAUGCUUCUCAGAUGUUUUUCAUUUGGAUUUAUGAAAUUUUAUCAUCGUUAAGAUUGUGACCUAUUUCUGCAUCAAAAUGUCGUCCAAGCACUUUUGCUUGAAAUGGAAUAGUUAUCAAUCUAAUAUAGUUAGUGCUUUUGAGAGUUUGCAGCAUUCAGAGGAAUUGGUUGAUGUUACAUUAACAUGUGAAGGUAUAAACUUAAAAGCUCACAAAUUCAUUUUGUCAGCAUGCAGUCCUUACUUUCGGACAGUUUUCAAGGAGAACCCUUGUCCUCAUCCGAUAGUUAUAUUAAAAGAUGUUAUUUAUACAGACUUGAUAGCUGUAAUAAAUUUCAUGUAUCAUGGGGAGGUAAUGGUUUCUGAAGAGCAGUUACCUUCAUUUCUAAGUACUGCCAAAUUACUGCAAGUAUCUGGCUUAAAUUCCUCUGAAAAUACUAAAAAGUUAACAAACCUCAAAAGACCAAAAAUAAUUUCUACAGAAAAUCCCAUAAAAAAACUCAAAACUAAGUGCUUGAAAGAAAACUCGACAAUAAAUAGAUCAAAUGACGCUAUAAUUAGAGAAAAUAUGACUCAUAUGAAUACAAAUUCUCCGAAAAAUGUUGAGAAUCAGGAAAUUGAGGUGAAAACUGAAAAACUGGAUGAUGAAAUAUGUGCUGAUGUAAAUGAGAAUAUAUCUAAUCAAAAUUUGGAGAGGACAUCCAUUUUAGAAGCUGCUUUAGAUUCUAAAAGGAGUAUUUUAGAGAGAUCAUUGACUGCUCAUCAUAGCCCAGGAAAGUCUCCUUCGUCAAUACCUUACACUUUAGAACCAGUAGUGACGAUAGAAAUGCCAAAAAAUGCCUUAAUUAUACGAAAACAUCCAGAAGGUGAAUUGGAAAAAAUCCUUAUGAAAUCACCAUCUUCUGACUCCAGUAGCAGUGUAUCGUAUGAUCGUCCAAGUGAAUUACUGCAGCAAUCAUUACAGGUGGAAGGGGAAACUUAUGAAUUUGAAGGAAAUCAUAAUUUAGACCCAAACAUUCAGAUCAAGUCAGUCGAUAUCCAGCCUCAUCAUAGCUCUCAGUGUGGUACUUGUCCUCAUUGUGGUCAAAUAUACUCAAAUCAAUCUGCCCUUAAGUAUCAUGUAAGAUUGGUUCAUUCAGACCUUACCAAUAUGUACUGCUGCCAUCUUUGUCCAGAGGCUUUCGAUUUUCGAGAGGGCUAUAAAAAGCAUAUGUCUGAAGCUCAUAGUAUAAGGAAUUAACAGAAAGAUUAAGAGAUGUUUAUCAUAUUUUUGUAAUUUUAUACAUGUUAAAUAUUAAAUGGUUUAUAGUU